AUCAGAUGUGAAGUAAAAUCUUCUUUACCACUUGGCAGGAUGAUAUGGAUCAACUACCCCAGGCAUUGCACUGCCUUCCCAUUGAUCUGGACUCCAACGCCUCCAUCUGCCCUUGGAGCUGAUUCCGUCACAAGCAGAGAUGGAAGGGUAUAAAUUCCCCUGAAGGAGAUUGCUGAAGAGAAAAGACAGAGGCUUUGGCUACAAGAAGUCUGUGCUGUGUCACCAACGUACUUAGAAUCAGGAAGCAAUGGAAGUUGCAUUGGGAGCUCAUAAAGGCCUUGGGGCUAUCAUAGUCAUUCUCAGCUCAUGUCUGCUGCUAUCUUCGGGGGCUGUGCUGCCAAAGCUGCAUAAUUCAGGCAGGCUUUGGAAGAGUGAAGUACCCCAGUAUCCUUCACCAGAGAGCAGCCCUGUCCUUAAAGGAGCCCUGGUUCCCUGGGACAUCCGUCUCCCUUCCAUCACCCUGAGUGACUGGAGGCUCAAGUGGAUGUCUUCAGAUGUCAUGGCACCACAAGAUGAAGACAAUGAAGAUGAAGGGCAAAAUAGGAAGUCCCGCCUGUGGGGCCCAAUCAGACAGGAAGCUGUGUCUCCUGGGGGCCAGAAAGUGGCACUAUACCCAGCUACCUGGGUGCCAGACUGGGAUGGGAAGCGAAGUAUUGUGGUAGCGGAUGAUGCUGCCUUCCGGGAGAAAAGCAAGAUGCUGACAGCCAUGGAGAGGCAGAAAUGGCUCAACUCCUACAUACAAAAGUUUUUGGUGGUGAACACUGAAUAAGAUAGACCAGUGAAUUGGCAAGAGGUAAAGGAGAACAUCAAUGUGAGGGCUAACAAGGGUCAAGCUAGCUGUAUAUUACACUUCUUGGAAUAAUCCAUCAAGACUAUAUCCAGUGUAUCAAUUGACCAUAUAGACCAGGGAUAGACAGCUGGAAGUGCCCCGGCCCUCUCCCCAAAGGCUUUUCAUCUCUCCUCCUUCUGCAUAACUGUUGAAUCCCUAUACACAGAAACACAUGCACUGUUACAGGGGUUCCCCAACUAUAGUCCGUGGACCACCAGUGGUCCACAGGCUUCAUUCAGGUGGUCCACGGCAUGUCCACAUUAAAU